CAAAGCAAACAACAUUAGUCUUUAACACAUCAAAUAUUCAACUCUCUUAAAAAUAAAACGAUAAAAACUAACCCAUCAAAAUUAAAUUUAAACACUUUCAUUUCCUACAUUCUAUAUUAAUCUGUCUCUUUCUCUCUUAAUCUAACACCCAUCCAACAACUCUGAAUGAACUAGAAAAAACAGAGAAGAAGAAAAGGAAGAUUAGAUUAUACGCACAGAUCAUGUCAAAUGACAAAGUCGAUCAUCAUGCUUUUCGCGUCACGUUAAUCUUUUUAUUACUCUUAAUUACAGAUUUAGGUACAAUUGUUGUGGGAGAUUUAUUAGACUCUGACAAAGAAGUAUUGCUGAGCUUGAAAAUCUACCUCGAGUAUCAGAAUCACAUGCAUCGAGGAAGAUACUCUGACUGGAAUCAACCCAGCAUGCCCCCUUGCGCGUGGCCCGGAAUUUCAUGCUUCGGAGAUCGUGUCACCGGCAUUGAUCUCUCUGGCAGCGAAAUCUCCGGUGGCAUGUUCGGAAACUUCUCGGCUUUCACCGCCCUAACCCAUCUCAAUCUCUCCGGAAACACCAUUUCCGGUAAAAUUCCGGCAGACUUAGGGCGGUGCCGGAGCCUAAAAUUUUUGAAUUUGUCUCACAAUCUCAUUGCGGGCGAGCUCAACUUGACCGGACUCAAUAAAUUGGAGGUUCUCGACGUGUCCAUGAACAGACUUUCUGGUGGAAUUCAGUUAACUUUCCCUGGAAUUUGUGACAGUUUGGUUUUAGCCAAUUUAUCAACCAACAGUUUCACCGGUACUGUUCUCGACCACUUCGAUUCGUGCCGGAAUUUGCAGUUUCUUGACCUGAGCGCCAACAAUUUCUCCGGCAAAGUCUGGCCGGGUUUCGCGAGGCUUCAAGAAUUUUCUGUUUCCGAAAACGUGUUAAUUGGGGUGAUUUCCCCGGCAAAUUUUCCCGGAAAUUGUACUCUGAAAGUGUUGGACUUGUCGGGAAAUGCUUUUGCCGGGGAAUUUCCUAAGGAAAUUUCCAACUGUAGAGAAUUGGAGGUUUUGAAUCUAUCGGAAAACAAUUUCACGGGUCAAAUUCCAGCAGAGAUUGGUGAAAUUUCGAGCCUGAAAGGACUUUUCUUGGGAAACAACACUUUCUCGAGAAAAAUUCCAGAGUCUUUGCUUGGGUUGGGAAACUUGACCUUUUUGGAUUUGAGCACAAACAAUUUUGAAGGUAACAUUCAAGACAUUUUCGGGCGAUUCAAUCAGGUUAAGUUCCUUGUAUUGCAUUCGAAUUCAUACACCGGUGGGAUGAUUUCAUCAGGAAUUCUCAACUUGAAGAACAUUUUCAGAUUAGACUUGAGCUUCAACAACUUUUCAGGUCCAUUACCGGUCGAAAUCUCUCAUAUGACAAGCUUGAAGUUCUUGAUUCUUGCUUACAAUCAAUUUACUGGAAAAAUUCCUCUCGAGUAUGGAAAUUUGCAAGGCCUUCAAGCUCUUGAUCUAUCCUUCAAUAUGCUAAACGGAUCAAUUCCACGAAGUAUUGGAAAUCUGAGCUCACUCUUGUGGUUGAUGCUUGCCAACAAUGCACUAACCGGUGAAAUCCCACCCGAGUUGGGGAAUUGCAGGAGCUUGUUGUGGUUAAACCUUGCGAACAAUCAACUUUCCGGGCCAAUCCCAUCUGAGUUGACAAAAAUUGGGAUUAACGCAACGCCAACAUUCCAACAAAAUAGACAGAAUGAUCGGGCUAUUGCUGGUUCAGGCGAGUGUCUAGCGAUGAAGAGGUGGAUACCGGCAAACUACCCUCCAUUUAGUUUUGCGUAUACACUUCUUACAAGGAAGAAAUGUAGAAGCAUUUGGGAUAGUUUGCUUAAAGGGAAUGGCAUAUUCCCGGCGUGUGUUGGUGGUUUGCGGACAUUUCAGAUCUCGGGUUAUGUUCAACUCAGUGGUAAUCAAUUGUCCGGUGAAAUCCCAAUUGAGAUUGGUAAGAUGCAAAACUUUAGUAUGCUGCAUUUGGGGAUUAAUGGAUUUUUUGGUGAUCUUCCUCCAGAGAUUGGACUAAUGCCACUCGUAGUGCUCAACAUUUCACAAAACAAGUUUUCUGGCGAAAUUCCAGCGGAGAUUGGGAACAUCAAGUGCUUACAAACCCUUGAUUUAUCUUGCAACAAUUUCUCUGGAGCUUUCCCAGCAAACUUGAACAAUUUAAGCGAAUUGAACAAGUUCAACGUGUCAUACAAUCCAUCCAUCACUGGCGUAAUCCCAACAACCGGACAAUUGGCAACAUUUGAGAAAGAGUCUUUCCUCGGCGACCCAUUUUUACGCUUGCCUUCAUUCUUGAAGAACACCACAGAUAGUCCAACAACGAAAAAUGAAAAGAAAUCGAUGAAGCGUGUAAAAUUAGGUCCAUUUUUGGUGUUUACGGCUCUGAUAAUGGCUUUACUAGUGUGUGGGAUUCUGACACUCAUAAUCUUUCUUGUCGCGAAGAAUCCAGUAUACACGCCUGGAUAUGUCUUGAAGGAUACAAAGGUCCAACAUGAUUUUUUGUCAAGUUCAGGCACGUCUUCUCCAUGGUUGUCAGGUACUGUAAAGGUCAUUCGUCUAGACAAAGCAGUAUUUACACACGACGACAUUUUGAAGGCUACAAUGAACUUCUCGGAUGACAGAGUUAUCGGGAGGGGAGGAUUUGGAACCGUGUACAGAGGAUUGUUGCCCGAUGGGAGAAAAGUAGCGGUAAAGAAGCUACAAAGAGAGGGUAUCGAGGGUGAAAAAGCGUUCCGAGCAGAAAUGGAGGUUCUAAGUGGAAAUGGCUUCAGUUGGCCACACCAAAAUCUUGUGACACUCUAUGGGUGGUGCCUUGAUGGGUCGGAGAAAUUAUUAGUUUACGAGUACAUGGAAGGCGGGAGCUUAGAAGAUCUUGUUUCAGAUCGAACAAGGCUUACAUGGAGGCGUAGAAUUGAUAUUGCAAUAGACGUGGCACAUGCUUUAGUCUUCCUACACCACGAGUGUUUCCCUGCUAUUGUGCACAGAGAUGUCAAGGCGAGCAAUGUCCUGCUUGACAAGGAUGGGAAGGCUCGUGUCACAGAUUUCGGCCUUGCAAGAAUUUUUGAUGAUGGAAAUAGCCACGUGAGCACGACGGUGGCUGGAACGAUUGGCUAUGUUGCUCCUGAAUAUGGCCAGACGUGGAAAGCCACUACAAAAGGCGAUGUGUAUAGCUUUGGAGUACUAGCAAUGGAGCUAGCUACCGGGAGGCGCGCUUUGGAUGGAGGGGAAGAGUGUCUAGUUGAGUGGGCCAGAAGGGUCAUGGGAAAUGGAAACCGAGCCAUGAUACCAGUGGCGGUUUUGGGGUUUGGGCUUGCUGACGGCGCAGGGGAGAUGUGUGAGUUACUAAAGGUUGGGAUAAGGUGUAUAGCAGAAGUGCCACAGGCUAGGCCAAACAUGAAGGAGGUCCUAGCCAUGUUGGUUAAGAUUUUAAGCAGCCGACCUGGUUGUAUCGGUUAUGGCUCCUCUUCUCCUCCAUUUUUAUGAAGGUGUUUGUUUGUUUAAGGCUUGUAUACUUGCGCACAAAAAUCUAUUACAUAAAGGCAUUUCCUGAAUUCUUCUUGUAGAAAGACAUUAAUUCAUCGUUCAUUGUUGUAAAUGAAGAAGACAUUACUUCAAUUUUGAUCAGAAGAUUUUGAUGUGAAAUUUCACAAGAACACAUGUACAUAAGACUUUGUAUCACAUUUCUUAAUGUAACAAUUGAUAUCAAUUCCUGGCUUGGUGUGAUCCCCAAAACUGGCCAAUUUUGGAGGUUGAAGAUGUGCAUGGGAUUACAAAUAA